UCUACUGAUAAAGUUCCACUUUGUAUAUCGUGACGUAGACCUAACUGCCUCCUCACUGCGCAUGCGCAGCCUUGGCACACGUGAAGCAGGCAGCAUGGCAGAGAACAGAGAAGUACCGUUGGACCGGGCUCAGGUGAAGAAGGCCGUCCAGGCCCUGCAGGCUUUCCUGAAGUCAAAGUCCAGCGGAGAUGUUCUGCUGCUGGAUGACAGCCAGCCGAUCAGCCUCCUCUUCACCCUGUGGAAGAUCCCCAGACAGACGCAGACCAUCCGCAUUCCUCUGCCUCACGGCCAGCGCUCCGACACCGACGAGGUUUGUCUCUUCACCAAAGACGAGCCCAGAAUGACGGCGGAGCAAACCCAGAGGUUCUACAAGAAGCUGCUGGAGGAGCGGGGCGUCACUAACGUCUCAGAGAUCAUCCCACUUAAAACCCUGAAGACGGAGUACAAGCCGUACGAAGCGAAGCGGCGGCUGCUGGGAAACUUCGACAUGUUCCUGUCUGAUGCGCGGAUCCGCCGCCUGCUGCCGUCGCACCUGGGGAAACAUUUCUACAAGACCAAGAAAAUGCCGAUCUCCAUCGACCUGCAGAGCAACAAUCUGGGCCGAGACGUCCAGCGGCUUGUCCAGGGAACCAGACUGACCAUCACCAACAGAGGCUGCUGCAGCAUGGCGCACGUCGCUCACUCCAACAUGACGGCAGACGAGGUGACGGAGAACGUGGAGGCGGCGGUCCGGACGGUGGCCGCCAAGCUGCGGAUGAAAGGACCAAUCAUGAAGCUGAUCCACCUGAAGAGUCAGAGUUCAGUGGCGUUGCCCAUCUACACGUCCGACCUGAGCCACGUCAGCGUGCUGCGAAGAUCCAAGGAAAAUUCAAAAACAAAGAAGGUGAAGAAGAACGAGGCGGGAGAUGAAAAGCAAAAAGAAACAACAAAGGAACAGAAGAAGAAGAAACAGAGGGAGGAGGAAGAGGAGAUCCCACAGCUGGUUCCCAUAGAAACGCCCAGCAAAAGACCCAAAAUGGAGAAAUCGACCAGGAAGAAACCGAUGCAGAAACCAACCAAACCUGCCGCAGCAAAGAAGGUCACCACGGGGUCAAAGGUCACCAAGGCUUCAAUCAAAGCAACCAGGAAGGCCGGCAAGGUGGCGCAGAAAGGAAGGAGAAAAAUCCCUAAAGGGAAAUGAUUCUCCUGCACAGACUGACCGGGUUCACAGGAUCUGAUUCAGUUUCUGUUUGAUUUGUAUCCAAAUCAUCGAGUUAUUAAAUAUGUCAGCUGAGAAAACCUUCGACGUUUCUUCGUUUUCUGAAGGUCUGAAAAUACCAGCAUCUGAUUCAGUUCCCUGUUUAAAGUUUGGACAUCUUUGAGUUUGCAGAAAUGAAAAAACAUUUUUGUUUUUAUUGAAAUGACAGGAGAUCAGAAAUCAGAAUGUUGAUCAUAUUUAACUGAACCUGAGAAGAAAUUAGAAAGUUUUCACUCAA